AUGUCAAUUCGGUUCAAAUUCCGGAGCUCGGUGAAUUUCGACACGGUGGACAUCGAUGGCCGGGAUUCAAUAUCUGUUCGAGAGCUGCGGGCUAAAAUUCUUAACAGAAAAACCCUAGGCGCUGCCCGGCAACAGCAGCACGAUUUCGAUCUUGUAUUCUUGGAUGCGGAUUCUGAUCAAGAUUACAAGGAUGAUAAUUUCCAAAUUCGUAGCGGAUCCAGCGUGAUUGUUAAGCGAGUUCCAGCAGGGACUGUGCCAUCGGUUAUGGUACCACCCAUCGAAACCGUUAAGGAUUUGGGGACGAAAGACUCCUGUCAAAAGAAUCCAGUUAGUAAACCGGUGGAUGAAUUUGACGACUUUGGUGCUGAUUUCUGUCCUACACCUGAUGCAAACUUUCCGGACUUUGAUCUAGAAUUUGAUAAGAAUAACUUCUGGAGCAGUGAGAAGCAAGAUAUCAUUGGUUUAAGGUUAGGAUGUCAAAAGCUUGAAUCAAGUGACCUUAAUCAAGCACACCCCAUAGCUUCCAAUCAAAAUGGGAAUGAGAGAAAUAACUUGCAGGAACCAACAGUUGAAGAACAGAUGAAAAUGGCCAAGCUGACUACAGCCAAUUUGGUAGCCUUGCAAAGCACCAAUUUGCCAUUAGAACUGAUGUGCUCACUUUGCAACACUUUCUUUAAGGACGCUGUGAUGAUACCUUGUUGCCCGCAUAGCUUUUGUGAGAAAUGUAUACGUCUAGCCCUUAUUGAAAAGGGAAGAUGCCCAAAAUGUUUUUCCAGCAAAUUCAAGGUAGAAGAUCUGCUGCCAAAUUUAUCACUUCGUCAUGCGAUUGAGCAUUGCCUUGAAUCUCAGUUGCUAGCUGAUGGUUUAGAGAAUGCUAUGGAGAAAUAUGCUCCUGGUGGAGAAGGAAAUUUUUUGGCUCACACUGGUUACAAAAAGAGGGGACGCAAUUGUUACACAUGUGGUUCUCCAGAUCAUCUCAUGAGAGACUGCCCUCUUGCUUCCAGUCUACACCCCUUUCAGCCAGGAAAUGGAGCAUUUCAUGGAGGUGUGCCAGGCUAUCCGCAGCCCUAUUGGAAUGAUUCUAUGUUGCCCUUCAGGCCUUAUGCAAAUAUGUAUAGUAACCCUUCAGCGAUGCCCUUUAAUGUCUCCAUGUUUCCGGUGACACCUUUUGCAGUUCCUCCAUACAUUACUUCUAUGGGUGUUGGCUUACAUGGCCAUGGGGGAAAUAUGGGAAUGGGAGGUAUGGGUCCUGUAGGAAAUAGAGCUGAGAGGCCUCCCUACUCCAACUUUCAGCAUUUUGAACACAGAAAGAAGCAUUCUAAUGAAAAUCUGGGAAGGGAAAAACAUUGUGAAGAAAAAGAUUCUCAUGAAUGCCGUAGGGAUAAUAAGACAGAUAAAUCAGAUCAAUGUAAAUCGCAGAAAGAGAAGGAACAUAGUUUGAGUCAAUCUGAGGGCAGCGUUACUCGAAGAUCACUGAGAAAAAAUCAGCAUGAUAAAUAUAUAGAUUCUGACAAUCACUACAUCGAUGAAAGACUUGAGAAAAGCUCUCGCUCCUCUGCUGCUUUAAGAGACAAAAGGCUGAAUCGUUCAGAGAGAUCAAAUUCAGGCAUUGAAGAUAUGUCCGAAAGUUCUGAAAGGUAUAGUGGAAGAAGGCACAAAGAUCAUCAUGGAGAGUCAAAGCAUCACAAGAAGGUAGAGUGUGACAGUGAUUCAAGUUUGGGUCGUUAUCCGUGGAAGAAAGAUGUCAUAAGAAGAGACGUGUUUGAUGCCAAAGGCUCACAUAUUGAUAGGAGGAGGGAAAGGGAUUCAGGUCAUGAUUCGAGACAUUCCCGGCGUUUUACAAAAAAAUCACAACAUGAACACCAGGAUGACAAGUGGCAGAUGGUCAGUGCCUCCAAUGGCUACAAAGAUGAAUAUCGUCACCACAAGCGGAAAAGAGUAUUAAAACCGGCAUGA